UGACGUUUUGAAAAAAAGCUUUUCGAUACGGCUAAAAUAUUUUGACAUUCUCAUCAGCGAAAGUAUUAGAUUUGAGUAACAUUUUAACGCCCCUUCCCGCACCGUUUUUGUCAAAUGUCCACUUUUUAAGACCCUCUGAAUCCGAAAAACAGGUUUUUAGGAAUGUGUCUGUCGUUUGAAAGAAUGGCAACGAUGGUUAUGUUGGUUCGCAACCCUUACCCGGUACCUGAUGUUUCUCGUGAAGGAAAUUGGAUACAAGAUGGACCAUAUUUAGGCAAAAAUAUUCCAGCCAGUGACAGAAGAUGGUACACGAGAUUGCAACCCCAUGAACGACUUUUUGCUCAUCACACCUUGAACAGCGUCAGAAAGGACUCUCGCUUUCUUAGACCAAAGGUUCCCACUGAUGCUCUUGAUUAUGCUCUUUCUUCUGUUUAUGAGCAUUGUAACGAUUCUUUUUUACCCAAAAUGUAUACUCAUAUUCAACCUGAAACUCUUGGACGAGAAACGUGGCGAGUUCUUCGUAAUCAAAUCAAGACGUUUUCAAAAGCACCAUCGGCUUUUGGACACCCCUUGAGACAUGCCAGUGGUCAAGAAGAACACACAAUUAGUGAAAUAAAAUCCAAAAAUGGUCAUACAAGACCAAAAACUAGUCACACAAGAGAAGAAUCGAAAAGAUAUUCUGAGAGGCGAGCUUUUUCGACAACUGAAAGAAAAAGAGAGGGAAUGCGGAAAAUCCACCCAAGCAGUUUGAAAUUAGCUAUUGAUGGUCCCCACAUGGAUCAGACAAAUGCAGGAUAUAGCAGAAAAAAAGAGACAUUCAAAGUGAUAUUAAUUAACAAAGUUUGGAAGUAUACGUACCUUUUUACCAUUAAUGUUGACUACAAAAUGCAACACUGGUGUCACAGAAUAUCUACAAUAACUUAUUAAUACUUCGAUCUGCAACCUAAUAUGCUGUGACAAUCCCUUUAUCGGAAACCGACUAGAGACUGUUUAUGUUGGCAUAGAGGUUGGCAUUGUGGGGUUGUAUACAUUGAGGGAAGGAACGUUACAGUCGAGGAAGGAAACGAGAGGCAGAAAUAAUGGGACCAAAGGAUCUGAAAUACUCAUGACCGACGAACAGGCCAACCAAUUACUUGGCCGAGCGGUUUUAUUUGUAUUUAAUUCUCAUUUAAUUUACUUUUUACGGUUCCCUGCUUACGAACGUCGUUAACGAAAUGGAAGAAGACGAUUUCCUUCAAGACGCAGAUUCGCGAGGCUAUACAAAAUACUCUCAAAGCGAGGUUAUUGACAAUUACUUUCAGAAAAAUUUAUAAACUUUAGAAUCCUAUAGUUUUUUUCCUCAUCCAAAAUCACUGAGAGAUUUAUUAUAUCCUUCUUAUAAAUGUUUCCUCUGCUAUU